GUAACAAGAGUAGUUUUAUUAAUAUUGUUAUUGUUUUUAUGAAGUUUUAAAGUUUUAACUAGUGACUUUAAUUUUUAUUAUAUAUUUUUGGUUUACGUAGCGCAGCUUUUUCUAUCAAAUAAGUUUGUCGAGUUUUAUUAAUUUUGCAUAUUAGCCAAAUUAAUGCCGAUACGAGUAUAUUAGUAUUAACAAGACAAAUAAUUCGUGUAUCUUUGGAAAUGUUAAAUAUAACUUUACAAACGUAUAAAAGGUAUUUCAUUGUUUAGAAUAAGUUUCAACAACUUCUACAAAGGUGAAUGUAUUUUAUAAUUUGUGUGAAAAUUCGUAAUUGUCGAUUUAUCGAUUAUACAUUUAUUUGUGUCAUCAUCUCUAGCAAAGUUGUCAAUCGCGGUUACUAUGGCAACUGACAGUCUUGUUUGGGCGCCGUAAACAAAUGAACUUCGAUUGGCAGUUUUGAGAACCUGUCGGUAUUAGCCUAAUUACCUCGUGAAAUACUUAGUUCCAUGUAAAAAGUCCGAAAAUAUGGAAAUUGUGAGACAUUAUUACUAUUUUGUAAGUAAGUACUUGAAAAUAAUUACUUUUAUGGGAGUUUGUGAAAAGAAAAUUUGUAAAUUUUCUUGAUUGGGGUCUCUUCAAUUUAUAUCGAUUUGUCGGUUGCUUAGUGUGUUGUUAGAGAUCAAUAUAGUUUAAAAUGAUGGUCGGCACGCGCGGCUAUCAUAUUCAAAUGAGUUUACGAUGUAGAAGGGCGCUGAAUUUACAUAUUACGAUAACCGACAUGCCUGUCUUGAAUCCUUCAUAAAUAAUGUCCUUUGAAUUGUAGAGCGGAAUUUUGCAUUAGCGAUUUGAACAACGAGGUUUUGUGUGCAAUAUGAGUCAGAAUCAGCCUAAUGUGAGGAAAGAGGAGAGGAAGAAGGAUGCAGCACAAAAACCUGCCCAGAAAAAGAGCCCGGAAAAGAAUAUGUCUGAAAUUGAUGAGCAUAUACUGAAGAGGUUCGACAUAAAGAAGCGUCUAGGUAAAGGCGCGUAUGGCAUCGUGUGGAAGGCUGUUGACAAGAAAACUAAGGACGUGGUCGCUAUCAAGAAGAUCUUCGAUGCGUUCAGGAACCAGACGGACGCGCAACGCACCUUCCGGGAGAUCAUCUUCCUACAGUCGUUCAGGAAUCAUCCCAACAUCGUUAAGCUGCAUAGUAUUCACAGGGCUCUAAAUAACCGGGAUAUCUACCUUGGCUUCGAGUACAUGGAGACGGACCUGCACAACGUGAUCAAGCGCGGCAACAUCCUCAAGGACAUCCACAAGCGGUACAUCAUGUACCAGAUGCUGAAGGCCACCAAGUACAUACACUCCGGGAACGUCAUACACAGGGACCAGAAGCCCAGCAACGUGCUUAUUGACAGCGCUUGCAGGGUGAAGCUAGCAGACUUCGGUCUGGCGCGGUCGGUGUCGAGCAUGUACUCGGGCGGCGAGGAGGGUGCGGACCCCUGUCUCACGGACUACGUGGCCACACGCUGGUACCGCGCGCCGGAAAUACUCAUCGCUAGCAAGAACUACACAAAGGGCAUAGACAUGUGGUCGCUGGGCUGCAUCCUGGGCGAGAUGCUGACUGGCAAGCCGCUAUUCCCGGGCACCUCCACCGUCAACCAGGUGGAGCGUAUCAUGGCCGCGCUGCCCAAACCCUCCUCUGAAGACAUAACAGCAGUGUGCUCCGGCUACGGCUCGUCUCUCAUCCGCGAGCAAGUGUCGGGCGGGGCUGCGGGCGGGGCGCCGCUGACGUCCCUGCUGUCGUGCGCCCCGCGGGACGCCGCCGACCUGGUGCAGCGCCUGCUGCUGUUCAACCCCGCCAAGCGGCUCAGCGCUGAACGAGCGCUUGACCACGAAUAUGUUGCCAAGUUCCAUUGCGAGCGAGACGAGCCGACGCUCCCAUCAGAUGUAUUACUUCCCCUUCGCGAUGACAAGCAGAUGUCAGUGGACGACUACAGGAACAAGCUCUAUAGCAUCAUGGCCAAGACCUCGCACGGACACCAGCCGCAGACAAGGAAGAACCAUACCAGUACGAAGCCUCACCCAAUGCAAGCUCCAACAAAGAGCAGCAAGAGCUACCACGAGCCAGAACCGACCCGAAUUUAUUCCAAGAGCAAGAUCAGUGUCUCCGCAGACCAGAAGUCUCGGCAGAAACCCGCGCAGACCAAGUCCACCGAACGGCAUAUCAAGGAGUACCGCUCAGAACAAACUGGCCAGAAGCCUUUACGAGCCAUGGAGUACGAACGCCACGACUGGCUCGAGACUAACUGCCGAGGGGAUUACUUCCAACCAGUCACCAGGCAAUCGCCGUCUAGAAGCGGAUUCAUGAGUGGGGAUAAGAAGACGGUUCAGCAACGAAGGAGUUCCACCUCCUUCUCGACAAUAACUCUAGGAGGUGACGCCGAUUACAUAAGGUGUGUAAGGCCAAGUCAGAAGUACGGAGUGAUCACAGCCAGUGCCUUCAUGGACCUACGGACCAGCAUGAGAUGAGUUCAGGUAGGUAGCGCGUAGAAUCUCACUUUGCUAUCGCUUUAGGCCAACGGUCUUUUGUAUUAGUUUUGAGGUUAAUUAUUUGUUAUUAUGUUUGAGUUUUGUUGUUUUCUGGGUGCGAUUGUCGUUUAUUUUUGGCGGGAGAUUUUAAUAAUGGCGGAUUUUUGAUGGGAUGUAAAAGGUAAUAUUAAAAUCGACCGAUUGAUGCAGAUGGGAAAUUGUUGGUAGGUAUUUUUAUUUUUUAGUUUACAAUAAUAUUUCCGCCAUUUUGUUCUCAAUGUUGGCAUGCGAUAAAAAUAUGACGAUCAAAGAUUAAUUUGAUAAGAAAGACUCUUAUUUUAAUGAUCUGUCUUAUCUAGGCAAAAAUAGGCUAAUGGGGCACAAUUAUAAAUAGAUUUUAUUUAUUUACUACUUAUAUUGAAACUGCCAUAAAACUAUUGAUGUUCUACAUAUCGGACAAAUUGACAAAAAUAUGAAAUAAAAACUGUGAUCUAUGAAAACAUAGGAAAUUUUAGAACAAACAGCGCAUUUUCAUGAAAAUCGAAUUAAUGUUGCUAGUUAAAAAAAUACUUUGCCGUUCGAUUGCGGAUUCUUCUUGGCUUCUAAUGUCAAGGUUUAGAAAUUGUUUUAACCUAUAUUUUUAAUUAUUUGAUUUUUUUAUUAUAUUCUGUUAAAUUCUAGUCCUAAAUGUGAUAGAAUAAUAUUUACUUUUUCUUUUUUGUAUUUUGUUGGAAAUGUAAAUUGAAAUGAAAUGUCAAGUCCGUCCAGACAGAAUAAAAAAAAAACUUGUUAGCGACGGCAUUUUUUUAUAAUACUUACUACACUAUAGAUAUUAAAAUUGAACUCAAGUAUUCGAUUGUCAUUUAAGUAAAUUAUUUGACGUUAAAAAAAGUCUAUAUACGUCCCUGUCGGGCACAGGCCUUCCGCUCAUUCAACCUAUUUCAAUAUUUCAUGAUAUUUUUGUAGAUAUGUCUAUGUACCACAAUUCAGAGAAACAAAACCCUGUGGUAACAAUGUAAUACAACAUAACGCGAGGUAAAUGACGACACGAAUGUUGCCAUCCUUGCACUAAUUUUAGUGCAAAGAUGGCAACACUAAGCAACUGUUAUUUUUCAUGUGACAAUUUCUAUCUUGUUCACAUUGCGUAUUGGGUAGUUUCCUAGAUCAAAGAUAAAUUAUAAAAUUCUGAUUAAUAAAAAAUACAGAUCUAAAGCUCUUUUCUAUUUAACUUAUUUAUGAAUUUUAAUAAAGAAAAAUGAAAUAAUAAGUGCGACAUUUUGACACGUUUUCAAUGACGUCAGUGUGCUUUUUCAUACAAUUUCCUUAGUAAUUUCGUAUUUUGACGUUUAAUUGAUUUGACUAGUUGGAAACUAGCCUACUGUCCGUUUGCUAUAGUCACUCCUAACCCUCUACUGUUAUACUAAAUUAUUAAGCCACUGCUGGGCAAAGCUUUUCCUUAAUCUUUCUCUUGUUCGGUUCUGCUACUCUUUUUUUAAUCGAGCCUGGAGCAUUUCUUUGUGGUUAUGCUCCUUGUAAAAAGUAACUGAUUUGACUAGUUGGAAACUACCGUAUUCAAGGAUUUAAAUGAUAAUCGAGUACGAUUUGUUUUUAGGGAAUAUUAAUAUAAUUAUACACGAUUUUGCAAAUUUUAAUAUAGAUAGAGUACAAAAAUUGAUUUUACUAGCACCCGGGUGAUACCAGUCGUUCAAAACACUUAUGAUCAUAUCUUAUGAUAGACCUAUUGAUAAAGUAUACAACCACUGCCAUAAUAUAUUAAUAUUAAUAUAUUUUUUUUUACAUUUAAAUAAGCGGUUUCUCGGCGUAUCUUUCUCGAAUGCGAUUUGUCUCUUUUUAAUGAGGGUAAACUGGAACAUUCUAAAUACUUACGUUUAGAAAUAAAUAAAUAAUAAUAGGUACCUAUUUAAAUUGUAGAUUUUCUAUAAAAUAUAAAGUGGCCUUUCACACUAAUCAAUUGCAUAUACAUUACGUGUAAGUACUUAAACAACUUUUUACCAAAAAUUCACCUAGUUUUGGGACCUUAUAACAGGAAUCGCUCACAAAUUUUUCUGAUACCUAGACUUGAUUAACACAAGUGUUCAAAAGGGAUCAAAUAUCUAAUACGUCUUCACGUCAAAUUUGAAGCUGAAUUAAUCUUCCUGUGAAAUAUAAGUGCUUCAAAAUUGAUAAAAAUAUUGCGUAUUCAUUUUAUUAUACCUUAUAAUAACACGGUUUGUACAGUAUAAGUGAGUACUGUACCUAGGUGGCACAGACGUGCGGGGGAGGGAAAGCACGAGUUCAAAUACUGCGGGCUUAAAACGGCCACAUUGAAGCAAUUCAUCUAAAAAAGCAAUAUUGCUAUUGGACAUUUUAUUUGCAUUGCGCACUUACUUUUAUAUGCGUAAAUGUCAAGUUGCAACAUUGCUUUUUUAGAUGAAUUGUUUCGAUGUGGCCUUUUUAAGCCCCCUGCUCUCAACAGACAGAGAUAGGUAGUGUUUAGUGGGUUACUCCGCCGACCCGCUCCAAAUCGCGCGUGAAUCGCAGAAAGGUAGUUCUUCGAACACCGGAAUAUAAUAUCAUUAAGUACCUUUAACGCAAAUAUAUUCUGGAAUCUUUUGUCUGGAAAUAUCCAGUUAAAACUUAUAUGUCGCCAACUUCGUAUAUUGACUUCCGGUGUUGGAAGAACCACCCAGUUACGGCCGGCGGCGUAGCGCUUGGAGUUAGACCGCACUAGACGUACGGUCACGAGCAUAAUAUGUAUACACUUUGGUACCAUGUCACAUUAACUUUCUUGUCAAAUUGAACUGUAAGUCUCACUAAAUGUCAAAUAUGUUAGUGCGACAGUCCUAAAGUGGGUACAUUAUAUUGCUCAUGACUGUACCUACUAUGAUCCUUAAGGUUUAGAGAAUAUUGAGACGUACAGGUACCUGUAUUAUGUUGUACCUUGAAACGGACCACACAUACGACAAGCUGUAAAAAUUGUAAGUUAAAUAGCACAAACACCUACGAGGCUCUUUAUCGAGUCAGUGUUGCUAUAUGAGAAUAACAUUUCAGUCGUAUGUGUAUUGUACUGUGGAUUAAAAUAUGUGGGUACUGCAUGGAACUGUUAAAAUGUUUCGUAGAAAUAAAAGACAAAUGUAUGUUGAAAUGAAAUUAGAAUCCCGAAAUAUUUGUAAAGUUUUGGUUUUGUUUAACACUUUUGUAUGAUGAAUUUUACAUGGCAAAUAAACGAUUGUACUCGAA